AAGAUGUCAAAAGUUUCGUUGGGCGGCUUUAAAAAUACAUUGAGACGUUACCCCAAAACUUUAGGUGGAGUUGGUAUUCUGACAACUUGUGGCCUGGUUUUGCUCGAAAGACAAAGGAUUCGGAAGUAUUUGUCAAAAUGGGUGAAUACUGCUCCGUCAGAGACAGACAAAAAGCGUCCGGAUUAUAUAUACAUCAAAUAUCAUAUUUACAAGGAGUCUAUGCGAAAAUUGAAACAAAAGGAAGAGGAAGAUAAGAAAUGGAUCAACGUUAUUAUUAACCCCAUUGGAAAGUGGUGGAAAACCGUUAAGCACUCAGUCGCCUGGCGUCUAUUAAAUAUCGCACAAACGGGUUCACAACAUGAACGCCUCAAAGCUGUGCGUCAAUUAGCCUGUUUCGAUCACUUGAAAGACUGGGAUUUUCGUCAUUUAGCACAAAUUUGCGAUGCCCGCACAGCAGUAUCGUUGGCGCGUUCCGGUGCCGAUUCACGUUGGUUUGUGCCUGUUCACAUGCGUGGCUGUAUUAAGAAUCCCAAGUUGGUGCUAGCUGAUUUUCACGAUAUGUUGGCGCGUUUACGACCAAAUUCAUGCAUCGAUAACUUUUUUAACAAAUACUUUCCACAACAAUAUCCACACGAAGGAAUUGACGAGUUCUUUACACAGGACCAAGCGAGUUCGUUAUCCGUCCAGGAUACAGAUAUGUUAAAGGAGAUAAUUUCCUUCUUACACCACAUCACUAAAGAUGAGUCUGUUGCAAAGCAGAUCAUCAACGAGGGCGGCCUCACACACAUCAUGGAAUUACGUAAGAUUUUUGCGGAUGAUAAUGAAACGCUUUCAACACUCUGCAAGGUGUUGGCCAAUAUGUCGCUUGUGGAGGAUAGUGUAGAACAUUUCUUCGUUUCGGGCUGGAUUGGCGCGCUGGCAGACUGGAUGAAGUGUCCUGAUUUGCGUUUGCAAGUGAUCUCAGCAAAAACGAUGGCCAAUUUGGAUCACGACGAUCCGAAUCAUGUUCAAUAUCCACCAAAUGUGUAUCCGUUACAUCCACGUUUGCGCACGCGCGCUAAGCCCAAGGCUGAUAUAAUAUUCAUACACGGGUUAUUGGGUGGCGUUUUUAUUACAUGGCGUCAAAAGGACCGCAACCCCAUAGAAUUGGGUUUAUAUGGCAAGAAUGCGUUUUACACGAGCGAAACGGACGAUGUUUUUCUGAUUGGCGAACAAAAACGUGCCAGUGGUAAAGCGUUUAAAAAUGGGAAUGGAAAUGGCAAUGGCGCUGGUCAUGCUGGUGCAAGCAAUGACGUGAAAAAAGAGCAAACGACUGAUCCAAUACUGAAAGCUGCUCAGAAGACAAAAAAUAAAGCGCUGGAGAUAAGCGAUGCUGCUACAAUGGAACUUGUGGAGACACUGCAAAAUACUGCCGAACUAGAAUCCGAUUGGGAAGUUGUGCACCCCGAUGUGCCACUUAAAGCGAGCGAAAACUGUUGCGGCGAGUUCAGUGUGCCGGGCAAUGAAUGGCAAAAUCAGGACAACUGUGAAGACUACACCAACUGUUGGCCAAUGGAGUGGCUGCCGGAUGAUUACCCUAAUACCAGAAUCAUCGGCAUCGACUAUACCUCUGCGGUCACUGAAUGGUCAGCCAAUUUCACGAAAUACUGCCCCUGCGAGAAGGGUCAGGGGCAAAUCGAUAUACGUGCAACAUCACUGCUCGAGCGACUCUCCAAAUCCGAUAUUGGCAAUGAGCGACCUGUUGUUUGGAUAGGACAUUCCAUGGGUGGCAUACUCACAAAACUAAUGCUUAUGAAAGCCGUAGAUGAUCCCGAUCCGAAAGUAAAUCAAAUUGCGGCCAACACAUCUUCAAUACUCUUCCUGGGCACACCGCAUCGUGGCUCAUCGAUUGCCAAAUGGAAACAACACAUGCAAAUGAUUAUCUCCCCCUCCAUUGAGGUUAAAGAAAUGGAGGAAGGAGCACCGAAAUUGCUUGCUUUGCAUAGCCGCUUUAUGGCUUGUCUGCACACUUGCUUCCGCAAUGUUAAAGUUGUUACCAUCGCCGAAGGUACACCUACAAUGUUAACAACAUUCAAAUUCCCGUUACGCAUUGUCACUGAAGAUUCAGCGCGCAUUGAUUACGGCGACUUUUACGUGCUAAAAGAUGAUCAUCUUAGCCUCUCGAAACCAAUUUUCCGCCAAUCAUUCCUAUAUCAACGUGUCCUCAAGGUAAUCGAAGACUCAGUGAAUAGAGAUGAUAGACCAUCUGAAAAGGUAACACUACCCGGCACAGCAUUCAAAGUAGAGCCAGUUAGAACAUCGCCGACAAGCGUAUCAGAUGCAAAUUCGGGCAGCAGUUUAUUGCAGAAAGUGCGCAGCAUUUUUUCGUCAGUACCACAAAUCACGAUCAAUAUUCCAAAUGCUCAUUGUGAACAGUCUAGGCGCAAGUAAGAUAGGUAAAAGCCAAUGGGAUGACAAUUUUUAGCUAAGCUAAUGGUUGUUUUAUAAAAGUAUUAAGCCAAUACUAAAAAAUAUUAUUUAAGCCCAUCUCACUAAGUUAUUUUCACGUUCAUUUUUCCAAAAACUGCUGUACUUAAAUUCAUGCAUGCAUUCAUCAAAAACUAUUUUACAUACAAAUAUUUUAUAGACUUGACACCAAAUUUUAUUGUUAUUUAUAUUCCUAGUUUUAGUCUAUAAGUUUGUACUUUAGUGCUAUUUCCAAAAUUAGUGAUUGAUGUCUAAGAGCUUAAAUAUUUAGUCAUUUUGAUAUUGUAAUUCAGAUAAGCGUUGAAGAAAAAUUGGUCAAAUAAAAAAUUUUUGAAAACAUAAAAGUAUUAUCUUUUGUUAAAAUGUGCCUUAUUGAAAUCUUCAAAUAAAGAAUGCUUUGUAAAAAAUAUAUAAAACUGAAAUUUAUUAUUAAAACAGACAAAAACAAUAUUUUACUACGCCAUAAAUAUCCUAUUCAGAUAUUUUAAUUUGUUUUCUUCUGCUACUGACAAGCACAUUCACACACUUACUAUCAUU